UUGCUUUGAUUUUUCAGUGUGUGGCCCUUAGUGGAAAAAGUUUGGACACCCUGCUGUAUAUCAUUGACAUUUGAAUGUCACUGUCGUUCCCGGAUGAGCCAGCACCAGCGGCCCCUCCCGCCCCUUCUUCCCCACCGCAGAGCGACUCUCCGCCUCGGCUUCACUCCGGAGGAGAACCCGCUGCCCGCCGGAGCGCUUCAUGCGUGUUUCUACGCCAAGAUGGAGGCUCUCAGAUGGCAAGAUGAGCGUCCACCAUACUAGUGUGCCCCAUCCGCGUGUCUUUAAUGACGACAGCAGCGGGGAUUUAGUGGCAUCUUCACGGCCCCUUUUUGACAGGACCUGCACGGCUCCUGUGCAGCCAUGAGCACCGGGAGCACCGGGGAAGGAGCGGAGGAGACGACGAAGGACGGCGGCGACACAGCGGCGUUUUUCAAGACAGAUGGAUCCCUGCCUAAAGAGCCCAGAGGGGAUGGAUCGAGUCAGAUUGCAGGUUUUAGGAGAAAUGAGGACAUGAGAGCAAUGGAGGUGCUUCCCAUCCUGAAAGAAAAAGUAGCGUUUUUGUCAGGCGGCAGGGAUCGACGUGGCGGCCCAGUGUUGACGUUCCCGUCUCGCAGUAACCACGACAGAAUACGCACCGACGACCUGAAGAGACUGAUCGCCUACCUGGCCGGCAUCCCCAGCGAGGAGGUUUGUAAACAUGGCUUCACGGUCAUCGUUGACAUGCGCGGCUCCAAGUGGGACAGCAUCAAGCCUCUGCUGAAGAUCCUGCAGGAGUCCUUCCCCUCGUGCAUCCACGUCGCGCUCAUCAUCAAACCCGACAACUUCUGGCAAAAGCAGAGGACCAAUUUUGGGAGCUCCAAGUUUGAGUUUGAGACCACCAUGGUGUCAUUAGAAGGCCUGACCAAAGUGGUGGACCCCUCCCAGCUGACUGCUGACUUUGACGGCAGCCUGGACUACAACCACGAAGAGUGGAUAGAAGUCCGAGUGGCCUUCGAGGAGUUCUCCGGUCACGCCACGCAAAUGCUGGCCCGACUCGAGGAGAUGCAGGAAACAGUUUCACGCAAAGACUUCCCCCAAGACUUAGAAGGAGCCCGGAGAAUGAUAGAAGAACACGCCACGUUGAAGAAGAAGGUCAUCAAAGCGCCAAUAGAGGAGCUGGACACUGAGGGACAGAGGUUACUGCAGAGGAUCCAGAGCAGCGCCGGCGACUCCUCCAACCGCAACGGCAGCAGUAGCGGCGGCGGCAGCACGAGCAACAACGCCGACACUCAGGGCCUGGUGCCGCGCAUCACCCAGCUGCUGGACAAGCUGCACUCCACACGCCAGCACCUGCACCAGGCCUGGCACGUCCGCAAGCUCCAGCUGGACCAGUGCUUCCAGCUCCGCCUCUUCGAGCAGGACGCCGAGAAGAUGUUUGAAUGGAUCCUGCACAACAAGGGCUUGUUCCUGGCCGGCUAUACGGAGAUCGGCAACAACCACCCGCACGCCGCCGAGCUGCAAACCCAGCACAACCACUUUGCCAUGAACUGCAUGAAUGUCUACGUGAACAUCAACCGCAUCAUGUCGGUGGGCAACCGGCUUCUGGAGUCGGGCCACUACGCCUCCCAUCAGAUCAAGCAGAUCUCAGGCCAGCUGGAGCAGGAGUGGAAGGCCUUCGCCGCGGCGCUGGACGAACGCAGCACGCUGUUGGAGAUGUCGGCCAGCUUCCACCAGAAGUGUGACCAGUACAUGAGCAACGUGGACACGUGGUGUAAGGCGUGCGGCGAGGUGGACUUGCCCUCGGAGCUGCAGGACCUGGAAGAUGCCAUUCACCACCACCAAGGCUUGUACGAACACAUCACCUCUGCCUACUCGGAGGUGAGCCAAGACGGCAAAGCUCUCUUGGACAAGCUGCAACGACCCCUGACCCCGGGCGGCGCCGACUCGCUCACGGCGUCGGCCAACUACUCCAAGGCGGUGCAUCACGUACUGGACAUCAUUCACGAGGUGCUGCAUCAUCAGAGGCAGCUGGAAAACAUCUGGCAGCAUCGCAAGGUCCGACUGCACCAACGUCUGCAGCUCUGCGUCUUUCAACAGGACGUCCAGCAGGUUCUAGACUGGAUAGAAAACCAUGGCGAGGCCUUCCUCAGCAAGCACACAGGUGUGGGCAAGUCCCUCCACCGAGCGCGAGCCCUCCAGAAACGGCAUGAAGACUUUGAGGAAGUGGCCCAGAACACUUACACCAAUGCAGACAAGCUGCUGGAGGCGGCCGAGCAGCUGGCCCAGACGGGAGAGUGCGACCCGGAGGAGAUCUACCAGGCCGCCCACCAGCUGGAAGACAGGAUCCAAGACUUUGUCCGGCGCGUGGAGCAGCGCAAAGUCCUGCUGGACAUGUCUGUCGCUUUCCACACGCACGUCAAAGAGCUGUGGACGUGGCUGGAGGAGCUCCAGAAAGAGCUGCUGGACGACGUGUACGCCGAGUCGGUGGAAGCCGUCCAGGAUCUGAUCAAACGCUUCGGCCAGCAGCAGCAGACCACGCUGCAGGUCACCGUCAACGUCAUCAAGGAGGGAGAAGACCUCAUCCAGCAGCUCAGAGACUCGGCCAUCUCCAGCAACAAAACGCCCCACAACAGCUCCAUCAACCACAUCGAGAGCGUGCUGCAGCAGCUGGACGAGGCUCAGGCCCAAAUGGAGGAGCUUUUCCAGGAGAGGAAGAUCAAACUGGAGCUCUUCCUUCAGCUCCGCAUCUUCGAGAGGGACGCCAUUGAGAUUAUCUCUGACCUGGAGUCAUGGAACGAGGAGCUGACGGGUCAGAUGAAUGAAUUCGACACGGAGGACCUGACAGUGGCCGAGCAGCGGCUGCAGCAUCACGCCGACAAGGCCUUGACCAUGAACAACCUCACCUUUGAUGUCAUCCACCAGGGACAGGAGCUGCUUCAAUAUGUCAAUGAAGUCCAGGCGUCUGGCGUGGAGCUACUGUGCGACCGCGAUGUGGACAUGGCGACCCGCGUUCAGGACUUGCUGGAGUUCCUCCAUGAGAAGCAGCAAGAGCUGGACCUGGCAGCAGAGCAGCACCGCAGGCACCUGGAGCAGUGCGUCCAGCUGAGACACCUGCAGGCCGAGGUCAAACAGGUUCUUGGUUGGAUUCGCAAUGGCGAGUCAAUGCUGAACGCAGGUGUGAUCACAGCCAGCUCCCUGCAGGAAGCGGAGCAGCUUCAGAGGGAACAUGAACAGUUCCAGCACGCCAUCGAGAAGACCCACCAGAGCGCUCUGCAGGUCCAACAGAAGGCCGAGGCUCUGCUCCAGGCCAACCACUACGACAUGGACCUGAUCAGAGACUGUGCGGAGAGCGUGGCGUCCCACUGGCAGCAGCUCAUGUUGAAGAUGGAGGACCGGCUCAAGCUGGUCAACGCCUCCGUGGCUUUUUACAAGACCUCGGAACAAGUGUGCAGUGUGUUGGAAAGCUUGGAGCAGGAGUACAAGAGGGAGGAGGACUGGUGUGGCGGUGCAGACAAGCUGGGCCCCAACUGUGAAACGGAUCAUGUGACCCCCAUGAUCAGUAAACACCUGGAGCAGAAGGAAGCCUUCCUCAAGGCCUGCACUCUGGCCAGGAGAAACGCGGACGUCUUCCUCAAGUACAUGCACCGGAACAGCGUCAACAUGCCGGGAAUGCUGAGUCACGUCAAAGCGCCGGAACAGCAAGUUAAAAACAUCCUCAAUGAGCUGCUGCAAAGAGAAAAUCGUGUCCUCCACUUCUGGACCAUGAGGAAGCGGCGUCUGGACCAAUGUCAGCAAUAUGUGGUCUUUGAACGCAGUGCUAAACAGGCCCUGGAGUGGAUUCAUGACACGGGCGAGUUCUACCUGUCCACACACACCUCCACUGGCUCAAGUAUCCACCACACACAGGAGCUGCUGAAGGAGCACGAGGACUUCCACAUCACCGCCAAGCAAACCAAGGAGCGCGUGAAGCUGCUCAUCCAGCUGGCCGACGGUUUCUGCGACAAAGGUCACAGUCACGCGGGAGAGAUCAAAAAGUGGGUGACGGCCGUGGACAAACGCUACAGAGACUUCUCCCUGCGAAUGGACAAGUAUCGCUGCAGCUUGGAGAAAGCCUUGGGCAUCUCCUCUGACUCCAACAAGGCUAGUAAGGAUCUCCAGUUGGACAUCAUUCCGGCCACUGCUCCAGGGUCAGAGGUCAAGCUGAGGGAUGCCGCCCACGAGCUCAAUGAGGAGAAACGCAAGUCUGCUCGCAGAAAGGAGUUCAUCAUGGCCGAGCUGAUUCAGACAGAAAAGACCUACGUGCGCGACCUCCGAGAGUGCAUGGACACGUACCUGUGGGAGAUGACCAGCGGGGUGGAGGAGAUCCCGCCAGGAAUCAUCAAUAAGGAGCUCAUCAUCUUUGGGAACAUGCAGGACCUUUAUGAAUUCCACCAUAACAUCUUUCUCAAGGAGCUGGAGAAAUACGAACAGCUGCCAGAGGAUGUUGGCCAUUGUUUUGUCACAUGGGCUGAUAAGUUCCAGAUGUACGUGAAUUACUGCAAGAACAAGCCCGACUCCACUCAGCUCAUCCUGGAGCAUGCUGGGAACUAUUUUGAUGAAAUUCAGCAGAGGCACCGCCUGGCCAACUCCAUCUCGUCCUACCUGAUUAAGCCUGUGCAGAGAAUCACUAAAUAUCAGCUCCUGCUAAAGGAGUUGUUGACGUGCUGUGAAGAAGGCAAAGGCGAGAUCAAGGACGGCCUAGAGGUGAUGCUCAGCGUACCCAAAAAGGCCAACGACGCCAUGCACCUCUCCAUGCUGGAAGGUUUUGAUGAAAACCUUGAGUCUCAAGGGGAGCUGAUCCUCCAGGACUCCUUCCAGGUGUGGGAUCCUAAGACGCUUAUCCGCAAAGGCCGAGAGCGCCACCUCUUCCUCUUUGAGAUGUCUCUGGUCUUUAGCAAGGAGGUGAAGGACUCCAACGGCAGGAGCAAAUAUAUCUACAAGAGCAAACUCUUUACCUCAGAGUUAGGGGUGACGGAACAUGUCGAGGGAGACCCAUGCAAGUUUGCUCUAUGGGUGGGACGCACCCCCACCUCAGACAACAAGAUCGUGCUGAAGCUAAGUCAGGGAUCCAAACACGGAGCGAUGGCGUCCAACAUCGAGAACAAGCAGGACUGGAUUAAGCACAUCAGGGAGGUGAUCCAGGAGCGCACCAUCCACCUGAGGGGGGCGCUCAAGGAGCCCAUUCAUAUUCCCAAAGCCAGCACAGCCAAGCACCACAAGGGCCGCAGGGACGGAGAGGAUCUUGACAGUCAAGGCGAAGGCAGCAGCCAACCAGACACCAUCUCGCUUGCCUCUCGCACCUCCCAGAACACGCUGGACAGUGACAAGCUCUCCGGCGGCUGCGAGCUGACGGUGGUGAUCCACGACUUCAUGGCGAGCAACAGCAACGAGCUGACGGUGCGCCGCGGCCAGACCGUGGAGGUUCUGGAGCGCUGCCACGACAAGCCCGACUGGUGCCUGGUGAGGACCACUGACCGCUCCCCCGCACAGGAGGGCUUGGUGCUGUGCUCCAUGCUCUGCAUCGCGCACUCUCGCUCCUCCAUGGAGAUGGAGGGGAUCUUCAACCACAAAGACACUCUGUCAGUGUGCAGCAAUGACGCCAUCAUGCCGGGGUCUUCUGCCACACUUCAGCCUGGUCAUGGAAUGGGCUCCCAUGCUUCACCAGGACCAAAACGACCAGGCAAUACCUUACGAAAGUGGCUCACUAGCCCAGUCCGCCGGCUCAGCAGCGGAAAGGCGGACGGUCACGUGAAGAAGCUGGCCCACAAGCACAAGAAGAGCCGCGAGGUGAGGAAGAGCGGUGAGAUGACCAUGGGAUCCCAGAAGGACUCGGACGACAGCGCCGCCACGCCACAGGACGAAACCGUGGAGGAGAGGGUCCGCAAUGAGGGGCUGUCCAGCGGCACCUUGUCCAAGUCCAGUUCUUCAGGCAUGCAGAGCUGCGGCGAGGAGGAGGGCGAGGAGGGUCCCGAUGCAGUCCCCCUCCCUCCACCAAUGGCCAUCCAGCAGCACAGCCUGCUGCAGGCCGACUCCCAGGACGAUAAGAACUCCUCUCGUCUGUCAGUGCGCCCGUCCAGUUCAGAGACGCCCAGUGCUGCCGAGCUGGUGAGCGCCAUCGAGGAACUGGUCAAAAGCAAGAUGGCUCUGGAGGACCGUCCCAGCUCGCUGUCAGUGGAACAAGGCGACAGUAGCUCCCCCUCCUUCAACCCUUCAGACAACUCCCUGCUCUCCUCAUCCUCCCCCAUGGAGGAGAUGGAUGAGCGGCGAGCGAGCAUCCUCAAGAAGAGACAUUACAUUCUGCUAGAACUGGUGGAGACGGAGAGAGAUUAUGUCAAAGACCUGGGCCAGGUGGUGCAGGGUUACAUUUGCAGGAUGAAGGAGGAGGGCGUCCCUGAUGACAUGAAGGGCAAAGACAAAAUGGUAUUUGGCAACAUCCAUCAAAUCUUUGACUGGCACAAAGACUUCUUCCUCGGCGAGUUAGAGAAAUGUUUAGAGGACCCCGACAGACUGGGACCCCUCUUCCUCAAACAGGAGAGGAGGCUGAACAUGUACGUGGUGUAUUGUCAGAACAAGCCCAAGUCUGAGCUCAUUGUCUCAGAGUACCUCGACACCUAUUUUGAGGACCUGAAGCAGCGGCUUGGCCAUAGACUGCAGAUCACAGACUUGCUCAUCAAGCCGGUGCAGAGGAUCAUGAAGUACCAACUGCUGCUGAAGGACUUGCUAAAACACUCUAAAAAGGCGGGGCUGGAGUGUGUGGAUCUGGAGAAAGCAGUGGAGGUGAUGUGCAUCGUGCCUAAAAAGUGCAAUGACAUGAUGAAUGUGGGCCGGCUUCAGGGGUUUGAUGGUAAGAUGGUAGCCCAGGGCCGUCUUCUACUGCAGGACACGUUCAUGGUGUCUGACGCAGAGAGCAGUGUGCUCGGCCGCAUGAAGGAGAGGAGAGUCUUCCUCUUUGAGCAGCUCCUCAUCUUCAGCGAGCCACUAGACAAGAAGAAAGGCUGCACCCUGCCUGGCUUCCUCUACAAGAGCAGCGUCAAGGUUAGCAGUUUAGGUCUGGAAGACAACGUGGAGGGCGACCCCUGCAAGUUCAUGCUCACGUCUCGUUCCACCAACGGCACGGUGGAGUCCUUUGUGCUGCACUCCUCUCACCCAGGGGUGCGAGAGGUAUGGACGCUUCAGAUCAGCCAAAUACUGGAGAGCCAACGCAAUUUUCUCAAUGAGUACCAGAGGAACCAUGUUGGUGCCAGUGGGGGGUCGUGUGUGGGAGCUCCAGGCGAAGGCUGCACUGCUUCUACCGUGCCAGGUAGUUCCCAGGCCAGCAGCGCUAUCUCGCCCCAAAGUGGCUGCCGUCGACCAUCCAGGAUCCCCCAGCCGUCUCGCCUGCCGCAACCCCUCCGCCAACACCCCGGGGCCGACCCUGACGGCCCCAACAAGAUGUCAGGUCCGAGUCCCCGUCCUGUUCCUCCCCCUCUUCUCCCUCCAGGGGGCAGCCCACAGGGUAAGACCCCAGAGGAGCAAGCACAGACCCCUACAAACGCAGUAGCUCCUAUGGUCCGAACCCCAGUGGCGUCCUUGCCCACCACACCCAAACAGCGGCCUGGAGCCGUGCCCUCUCUGGUUCUCCCCGCCUUUGCCAAGGACGUCCUCCCUCCUACCCCUGCCAGUCCCAUCCAGAAGUCCGGCUCUGGAUUCUGGAGCUCCAUGCCAGGCUCUCCAGCAAGCCGUCCUGGCUCGUUCACCUUCCCAGGGGAAGCGGGAGAGAGUCCGGUCCGUCAGAACUCGAACCAGAACCAGACCGGCUCUGGGAACCCAAAUCAAAGCCACAGGCACUCCACGCACAGCAAGGACGCUGACCGCAUGAGCACCUGCUCGUCCACCAGCGAGCAGUCCACUCAGAGUAACGGGAGUGAAACUAGCAGCAGCAGCAGCAGCGUGUCCACCAUGUUGGUGACGCAGGACUACAUGGCGGUGAAGGAGGAUGAGAUCAGCGUCAUGCAAGGCGAGGUGGUGCAGAUUUUGGCCAGCAACCAGCAGAACAUGUUCCUCGUCUUCCGGGCGGCGACUGAGCAAGGCCCCGCCGCUGAAGGCUGGAUCCCGGGAUUCGUCCUCGGACACACCUCCGCCAUUGCACCCGACUGCCCCGAGGGAUCAAUCAACAGGAAGUCUUCUUCCUGGCAUACCACGCUGCGCAUCCGCAAGAAAUCUGAGAAAAAGGACAAAGAGGCCAAGAAAGACACAAAGCUGGAAAACGGUUACAGGAAGUCCAGAGAUGGCAAUAAAGUGUCUGUAAAGCUUCUAAAUCCAAACUACAUUUAUGAUGUUGCACCCGAGUUCCUUGUCCCUCUGAGCGACGUCACCUGUGACCACAGGGAGAGUGUCACCCUCAGGUGUAAGGUGUGUGCUCGACCCCGCCCCACUCUCACCUGGAGGGGACCCAGCCACAGCAACCUCACCAACAAUGGCCGCUUCACUAUCAGCUAUAGUGAUAGUGGUGAGGCCACCCUGCGCAUCAUUGCUGUGUCCUCUGAUGAUGACGGUGUUUACUCCUGCACCGCCACCAACGACCUGGGCACUGUCACCUCCUCAGCCAGCCUCACACUGCUUGAUGUGUCCAUUGACGGCGUGCGAGUGAUCUGGAAGGCCAACUUUGACUCUCACUUCAGCGAGGUGCUCGAACUGGGCAGGGGGCGUUUCUCUGUGGUCAAGCGCUGCGACCACCGCGCCACCAAGCGCACGCUGGCCGUCAAGCAGGUGAACAAGAAGCUGAUGCGGCGGGACCGUGUCACGCAGGAAGUCAACCUGCUGCGGAGGCUGCAACAUCCCAACAUCAUCAGCCUGGUGGACACCUACGAGACCCCCGGCAGCUUUGUCCUGGUCCUGGAGAUGGCUGACCAAGGUCGUCUGCUGGACUACAUCGUGAGCUGGGGCAAUCUGACGGAGGAGAAGGUGGCGUCUUACCUGCGGGACCUUUUAGAUGCUUUACACUACUUGCACAACAGCAGGAUCGUACAUCUGGACAUCAAGCCUGAGAACCUGCUGGUGGCUCACAGUUCCAUCGCCCAUCCGUGCGUGAAAGUGGCCGACCUGGGCGACGCGGUGCAGCUGAACAGCGCCCCCUACGUCCACCCCUUGCUGGGCAGCCCCGAGUUCGCGUCCCCGGAGUUGGUUCUGGGCGAGCCGGUGUCGCCCGCGUCCGACGUGUGGAGCGCGGGCGUGGUGGCCUACGUGCUGCUGAGCGGCGCCUCGCCCUUCCUGGACGAGAGCGCGGAGGAGACGUGCGUGAACAUCUGCCGCCAGGACUUCAGCUUCCCCGCGGAUUACUUUCACGGCGUCAGUCAGGCCGCACGCCACUUUGUGUGUUUGCUGCUGACCGCCGACCGGGCCAAGAGGCCGCCGUCGGGGCUCUGUCUGCAGGAGGCGUGGCUCCAGGCCGCCGACGACCGCUCGCCGUCCGAGCGCUGCCUGGACACUUCUCGUCUGGUGGCCUUCAUCGAGCGCAGGAAACAUCAGACGGACGCUCGGCCCCUCGGAGUGCAGACUUUGACUCCGAGUGGCCUGCAGCGUCGGGUGUGAAGAAGGACGUGCGACUCAUCCUCCUUGAUCAUGUGAUCCUUCGUGGUCCACUGCUGCUUGCUGCUUUUACUACAACCACUUGCUCUUUUACACACUUUCUUACCACCGCUCUUAGCUUGGACAUGAACAAAAGUGUGUGUGUGUGUGUGUGUGUGUGUGUGUGUGUGCGUGUGUGUGCGUGUGUGUGCGUGCGCGGCGCAGCCUUACCUUGUACAAAGACUUCUACUGCCUUGGCGGGGCCGACCUCGGAGGUCGCUGUAAAUGUUUGUCCUCCGUGCAAAUGUUGCAGCUUUAAUCUUUUUAUGCAACUAUUUAAGAACUGCUGUCAUGGCGGACUCGGCGCCGGCGGUGUUUGCGGCCGCCAUCAUUUCAUUUCCACGCCACGUCCGUCUACCAAAGUUGUUCAUCAGGUUUCACACACGCUUUGUGGAAUAUUGUUUACCAGUCCCAAGGAGACACCUUCAAAAAGUCGAAAGAUCGGCGCUGAAGUUUAAUCUUGUAUGUUAUUUUGUUGCCAAAUUCGUUAUUGCUGGAAGACAAUUCCUUCCCUUUUCAUGAAAAAUGUGUAUUUUAUUUAUUUUUUGUGUGCUGAGGUUAUUCCUAAAAAAUAAAAUGGAUGCCUCGGUUUUUUUUUGUUACCUUGCUUUUGUUUUGUACUUUUUUUGCAUGUAUAUUUCUUUGUACAGAUCAUAUUUCUCUUGUAGAUAUUCUCUUUUUUUUUUUCCAUCAGUUAUUUGAAGAUUAAACAUAUUGGACACACGA